AUGGAAGCGAUCCUCAACCAAGUCUUAGCCGAGCAGCAGCAGACACUGCGCGCUACUAUGCGCGCCAAGUUCCCAUUCUUGAAGGACGAUGCACUCGACAAGGUUUUGAAUGGCGCGAGCGACCUCAUCCGAGAUGGCGUUCAGCAGCAGGCUCAAGCCAUGGCAGAGACUCGGAAUCGCUUCGACUUCUUUUCGCUCCCAGCUGAACUCCGCAACAACAUCUACGAGGACGUCAUCUCGAGUCCAGGCUGUGUCCAGAAACCCUCAUAUCGCUUCGACUUCUUUUCGCUCCCAGCUGAACUCCGCAACAACAUCUACGAGGACGUCAUCUCGAGUCCAGGCUGUGUCCAGAAAGUCGCUAUCCAACACGGCCUAGCCCUCAUAGCCGGACAUGACAUUGUGCACUUUGGGCGGUACGAGCAACGCGGCGGGCCACCCCCUAUCACUCGAGUAUGUCGCCAAAUACGGCAGGAGACAUUGCCAAUGUUCUUGAGCGGUGCCAUCGAGGCCUACGUCGACAUCGAUUACGAACGUCAGGAACUCGAAACGCGAACGGCUGACCUGGAUGCGUGGCUGGAGAUGAUCGGUCCAGGAUCUGCGCGUCUCAUCAAAAGCCUGACUAUCUACAUGCCGUUACCUCUGAAGGACUGCUUGUGGGAUCCCGACUACGAUUGUGACAGCAGCGACUGUUGGCGGCCAACCAGCUCCAAGGAUGUUUGCACUCACCUGGGCCUAUAUUUACUUGGCGUCGAGCCGUCCGCAGUACGUGGGCUGUUUGGCGCCCACAUGCGUGACUACGAUUUCGAGGACGAUUACAAGCCGUUCAGAGAUGCCCCGUGGCAAGCGGCUGAUGAUGACCUCGAACUCGGAGAUCUCUGGUGGACGCCAGUGCCGGGAGAGCAGCGGCGUAAUGGAGACAAUGGCAUCUGGGAUGAAGACGACAACGAAGAGGAGGAUGGGCAAAGUGUGAAGGAGUAA